CAAAUCCAAAGUCAAACAUAGUCACACGGUUUCGAGCGACGGGUACCACCGAUAGGGUACUGAGGUACUGUCCGAAAUUGGAGUACGAAAGCUAGGACCAUCGGUUCUCGGCGGUAUAACGGGCUUUUCGCUACUACUUUUCGGGUAACGAUCUAGAGAUUGUUGGUACCCAAGGUACCACCUACAAUUUCCGGUGAUUUCGCGCCUUGGAAACUGUGUGUUUUUGUUUUUUCCAUAGUAUACCAUCAUCCAACAAUGUAAAAGUAUCUCACCAAGAUGUCCCUACUCAACUACAGUGUGCCAUCACCCUAUUACGGGACGCCAAACCCAGCCACAAACUACUACCAACCUCCUCAACCAUCGGUACUACCACCCUUUCCUCCCAAUGUGCAACCCUAUCACUAUCCGCACCCUCAAAAACCAUUCCUUGGUGAGGAAUUCCCUCCCACGCACUACAGAGGCCAUCACACAACUCCUCAAAGUACCCCUUCACCCCCUCCACCAAGCUUAGGCUACCCUUACGGUAUUCCUACAGACAGUAAUAGUGGUACUACCCAAGUGCAUCAUAGUACACACCAUGGGGGACCUUCUGAGCCCGAUUACGACUACGGUGAGGAUGAUUCGUCGUUGGUACCACCAGUCACUCCAAUUCAGGGACCUAUUUACGUGAAAAAUGGGACAGUACCAGUGGUACCGUUGUACUCGUAUCCUGUCUUGAACAAUGGUACUCUGGUCCAGAUUCCGAUACUCUGGACGGCCCUAUCUGUUGCUUUAGGCUUAGAACUACGCGGCGAAUACAUAAGAGGCGUCCCCUGUCUAGUGAGAAACUUCCAACUGUUCUGUCCGAGGGCUGGUAACACGUAUCCGCUAGACAGGAUCGAACUCUUCAUAGACGAGAACAAAGCCUUGAUGAAGAGGAUGUACGGCGAAUUCGACAUGGGGAUAUACCCCAACGGGCCUACCGGCAACAAGAAAAAGAGAUCUGCGAAACCCGGGGUUCCAGAUCUACACUUCGACCCUGGACCCGAGCCCCUCAGGGGCGGGGAGUCCUUCUUGGGGAAGAUAAGGGCUCCCAGACAGACCUUCAGGAACAACCAGAGUUCCGAGACCGGAAAGGUAGACGCGUGUCAGAGUAAAGUGGAGAUCAUAACCCCGUACUGGGCAUCGAAUUCAGCCGGAAAAAUAAGAGCGAUAGUCAACACGCAGCACUUCGAACAAGCCAUUCAUCAGGAGACUUGCGCAAAGGUGCGCACAAACCGAUGUUCGGGAGACUGCGGCUGCGAGCAGAAAUACAAAUGGCACCGUCUCCUGGCCUACGACCCAGACAACGACUGCAAGGGGAUCUUCAUGGACUGGUUCCUCUUUCCAUCGUGCUGCGUCUGUAGGUGCAAUCCCAACUGAAGAAAAACGCCAAAAACCGGAAUCGACCUAAAGACCUUCAAGGUCCCUUUAUUUCCUCUUAAUUAUCUUUCUGAAUAAUCGUUACCAUAUCUUAGAGUUUCAUGUUAGUUACCAUUUUUAAGGCUCAUUAUUUUAUUUAUAUUCUCAUUUUUGUGUAUAGUUAAGUUUUGUACUUUUGUAAUAAUUUCCUUAACUGUUAGAACCUGCCAUUGCGGAUCAAUUUGUAGAAUAAAAUAUCAGAAUUAA